GCCCAGUUAGGGGAACCAGAGAGUGCCUGUCAGUUUUACAGAAUGGCCUCAGACAUUGCCCUUGAGAAAGGGAAGGCAAUGAAAGACUCGGAGGAAGUAACAGGACAGAUGAUGAUGUUGUUAGCGAGUGUUUAUGACCAGGGUAUGAUGACCCCCGACAAUCAGAGGAAGGCUGCUGACCACUGGAAAUUUGUUGUGACUUCCCAAGAUUUCAACCAUGGAGCAGCCAAUAUGGCAGCUGUUUCUAUGUUGUGCUUUCACUCUAGACCUGGAAAUGACACAGGAAAUUUCCAGUUUUGAGGAGGUAAAAUGGCGACUACAGGAGAUGUUAGAUGUGUGCCCACAAUACUUGUACUAUAUCAGCAUGCUGCAUGCUUUGUCUGGCCAGGGAUCUGAUGCCGACGCCACCUACAGGGAGUACCUACAAAGGGGAGUUAAAUUUAGAGAUGAAGAUGCCCCAGGCCUGAGGAUGAUUUCUGAUGUACAUAGUUCUUCAGGCAGACGUCAACAGAGACGAAAUAUCUGGCAUACCCUCGUAGACAUGGUUACCAAGUCUGGACUGCCCCAACCACUACAUGUUCUGUGGAGGUCCCAUCUACCGCCCCUCAGAAUCUGUGACCCCUCCAGCCUCUACUUCUCUCUUGCGGAGGCUGACUUGUGCUGUGAUUAUCUUGACCUUCGACUGAAUUCCCAGGGUUAUUUAACAGGAAACCUAAAAAUGAUGCUGCCACCAAUGAGAAGUAUCAACUUGGAUCCCUAUACAGGAAGACUGUGUUUCCCUCAGACCCCAGGUAGGACCGAGACUUGGACUUCAUUGGACAAGUUCUAUGACAAUGAAGGGGAUUUCUACUCUCACAGUGAUAAUGGCUGUAUACCAUGUCCUCUGAAGGUGUUCCAUCAUGCUGACGGGACCACAGUCCUUAUGUUGGUUCCUUCUCCUUUAAAACGGCAGUGUGAAUUCCGAUCAAAUGUAGAGAUACAAAGAGAAACUUGUAUCACCCUCUUCUGGUCUGACGGAAAAGGUCAAAGUGCUACCCUAAAUGUUGUGAAUAUCCUUCGUCUGAUACUGUUUGAGAAAGUGAAAAAGAGAAUUCGGAAUGAACCUAUUUUAAGGAAGAACUCUGAGAAAUGGCAGAAAGAUUGUUUUAGACUGUUGAAACACCAUUACGACACAAAAUCUUUAAUCAAUUAUGAUGACAUAGUAGCUGCUGUGUCUGCCUAUAAUACUGAGAGAGAAAAGUGUCCUAAGAGUCAAUGGAAUAGCAAGCAGCUUUUGGACAUGAACACUAACAAGAGUGCCAGUUUGUUGUGGGACAAUGACUACGUCUCCUAUGGGGAGACACUGGCAUUCACUUUUCAGUUCAACAACGAGUGUAUAUCUGUUUUUGUUGACUGUAGCAGCAGACGGGGCUUCCUACACCCAACUAUCAAGUUUGAGCCACAUUUACUGAAACAUUUUGGAGAAAUUCCAAACUGUAGAGACCAUGACCACAAGGUGGUGGGAGGCAGAAUAUUUUACUACCCAAUGUCUGACAGGACCUGUCUGAUGGUAUAUGGAGAGAGAGGCAGGCUUAUACAGAAGAUUAACUGUAAUAAAGAGGACAACCUCCCUUACAUAAUAGGUUCUAGUCUGUUGAGGGUAACAAACCAGAAGAGGUUGUGGUGUUGGCAUGAUAGAAGCAUCAAGGAGGCUGGUGACACACUUCCCGAUGUCCAAACGAUUACCCCUCUGGAUUGCUCGGUUGUCAUGGUGAUGUUGAAAGAAACAGGGUACUUCAGAUUUGUGAAUGUACCAUCUCUGGAGACUGUGGUCAUCAGAUCUGGCUGUGAUAUGAAAGGAAUACAGAUCACUGACAAUGGCCUGGAAAUCAAGGCAAAGUUUACAGUGGUCAAGGUUCUUUCUAACCAUUCCAGGACAGGACUUGACCACUGCUACCGAGAGGCCAUCCUUGGAAUGGAUAUGAAUCUAGUGACCUUACAGAUUCAAGAGGAUGGUUCUAGCUCACCAGAGGUUGUCGUAACACAGGUACUGCCAAUCUCAGGCUUUCCAGUGGAACACUGUUUUGUAGGAGAGAAGAAUGGAUACUUGUUGUCAUGGACACAGCAGAAUAAACUGGCCAAGGAGUACAAGGAGCAUGUAUCCUACUUCAGUAAGGACUCGGAACUCCUUGGGAUUCUACCCUGUGUUGGUACAGGACCACGGUCAUUCUGCCCCCUGUACCUGCCUGGCGACACAGAAACACAAAAAGAGAACCCUGAGUAUGGUCUCCCGGGCUGGUAUGUGUACAUGAGGGAUGGAUACGAUGGAAUCAUUGGUGUCAAACUUCCCACCAGAUGACACUUGGUCACAAAGAAAAAAGGCAGUCGAGUAAUCUAACCUUGAUAAUUCAUUAACAAUGUGGUGGAAAGAGGAAAGGCCAACCAACAUCCAAUUGGAUAAUAGGAUCUACUACCUGUUACUGACAGUUGUGAAGUCCAUCCUUCCACACAAUGACCUACUAGUAUCUGUUACAUUACUCCAUCCUUCCACACAAUGACCUACUAGUAUCUGUUACAUUACUCCAUCCUUCCAUACAAUGACCCACUAGUAUCUGUUACAUUACUCCAUCCUUCCACACAAUGACCUACUAGUAUCUGUUACAUUACUCCAUCCUUCCAUACAAUGACGCACUAGUAUCUGUUACAUUACUCCAUCCUUCCACACAAUGACCUCCUAGUAUCUGUUACAUUACUCCAUCCUUCCACACAAUGACCUACUAGUAUCUGUUACAUUACUCCAUCCUUCCACACAAUGGACCCACUAGUAUCUGUUACAUUACUCCAUCCUUCCACACAAUGACCUCCUAGUAUCUGUUACAUUACUCCAUCCUUCCACACAAUGACCUACUAGUAUCUGUUACAUUACUCCAUCCUUCCACACAAUGACCCACUAGUAUCUGUUACAUUGCUCCAUCCUUCCACACAAUGGACAAUCAAUGUUUAAUGUAUGUGAAUACCACAAAUGACCGACUGUGAUACAGGACCCUUACACUUGUGCUUUGGUGUUGUUUAUAUAUAUAAAUUGCAUCGUGGUAUUGUAUUGUCAUGGUUCAGUAACUUAUGAACAAGAAAUGUUUUGUUAAUUGUUCUCUAUUUUUGUAAUGUCUAUUAAUUCAAUAAUCUGUGAUUUAUUUAUGAUGUUAUUAAAUUGUUUAUUAGCACUU